AUGUUGAUCUCUUCACUGAAAUCUCGUGAAAUUGAUAUUCCCUUUUCCCUUUUUCUUGGUGCUAAGCUACCUACUGCUGCUGGUAAUGAAGAACACAAGGACACUAAAGCGAGAAGUUUCGAAGUGGAAGAAGAGAGUGAUGAUGAUAUGGAGGAAACCGAAGAACCGAAACCCAAAGUGGAGGAAGAAGAAGAGGAGGAAGAGAUUGUUGAAUCUGAUGUAGAGCUUGAAGGAGACACUGUUGAACCUGACAAUGAUCCUCCUCAAAAGAUGGGAAAUGCAUCAGUGGAGGUGACUGACGAGAAUCGCGAAGCUGCUCAAGAAGCUAAGGGCAAAGCCAUGGAGGCUCUCUCUGAAGGAAAGUUUGAUGAAGCCAUUGAGCAUUUAACUCAGGCAAUAACUUUGAACCCGACAUCAGCUAUUAUGUAUGGAAACAGAGCUAGCGUCUACAUUAAGUUGAAGAAGCCAAACGCUGCUAUUCGUGAUGCAGACGCCGCAUUGGAGAUUAACCCUGAUUCUGCCAAGGGAUACAAGUCACGUGGUAUGGCUCGUGCCAUGCUUGGUGAAUGGGCAGAGGCUGCAAAAGACCUUCACCUUGCAUCUACAAUAGACUAUGAUGAGGAAAUUAGUGCUGUGCUGAAAAAGGUCGAACCUAAUGCUCAUAAGCUUGAGGAGCACCGUAGAAAGUAUGACAGACUAAGGAAGGAAAGGGAUGACAAAAAGGCUGCACGUGACAGACAACGUCGCCGCGCUGAAGCACAGGCUGCCUAUGAUAAAGCUAAGAAAGAAGAACAGUCAUCAUCGAGCAGACAAUCUGGAGGCGGUUUCCCAGGAGGUAUGCCCGGUGGAUUCCCAGGAGGAAUGCCCGGCGGAUUUCCAGGUGGAAUGGGCGGUGGAUUCCCUGGAGGUAUGCCCGGUGGAGGCGGUAUGCCUGGCGGAUUCCCCGGUUUUCCGGGCGGUAUGCCUGGUUCUGGCGGUAUGCCGGGCGCUGGCGGUAUGCCUGGCGGAUUUCCGGGCGGUAUGCCCGGUGCUGGAGGAAUGCCUGGCGGUGGCGGUAUGCCGGGUGGUAUGGACUUCAGCAAAAUAUUGAAUGAUCCUGAGCUAAUGACUGCAUUUAGCGACCCAGAAGUCAUGGCUGCUCUUCAAGAUGUGAUGAAGAACCCUGCGAAUCUGGCGAAGCAUCAGGCGAAUCCGAAGGUGGCUCCGGUGAUUGCAAAGAUGAUGGGCAAACUCGGAGGAGGACCCAAGUGAUCAAAAACAACGACUUCUCUCUUUGCCGUUUCUCUGUGUUUAGUUGCGUUGAGAUGAGGGAUAUGUUGAAGAUUUUUUUUUUUUUUGUCUUUUGUGUUUUCGUUGUCAGAGAAGUUUGAACAGAAUCAUAACUCGUUUCCUUUUCUUUAGUAAUUCACCUUUCUCCGUUUCUCACUUUCCGAGUUUAGUUAAGAGCAUCAGAUGAGAAUUAAGGUCGCAGACACAACAAAGUAAAUCGUUCAGCUUUUUUUUUUUGGCUGAGGAUACAAAUUGUGAUAUUGUCUUAAUUCUUCAGCGGGUUUCGAAGUGCAGC